AUGAGAUACCUCUACACAAGAAUUCGAAGGCCAAAAUCCAGAACACUGACAUCGCCAAAUGCUUGUGAGGAUGUGGAGAAUAGAAACUCUUGCCAGUGGGAAUGCAAAAUGAAUGAUGGAAAGUGCCGCAGAGUUGCAUUGAGUGGAAAUAUUUUAGCACUUUGUGAAUGUAAAAGAAUAUUUCUCGUAGGGGCUCAAUGUCAUCCUAAGGGUCCUUCUAAGAGGGAGGCCAGAGGAUCAGAGGGGGGGCAAAAAAAGAAGCAAGUUCUGAAGUUUACCCUUGACUGCACUCACCCUCUAGAAGAUGGAAUCAUGGAUGCUGCCAAUUUUGAGCAGUUUCUUCAAGAAAGAAUCAAAGUGAAUGGAAAAGCUUGGAAUCUUGGUGAAGGGGUUGUAAGCAUUGAAAGGAGCAAGGGCAAGAUUCCUGUAACUUCUGAGGUGCCUUUUUCCAAAAGGUAUUUGAAAUAUCUCACCAAAAAAUAUUUGAAGAAUAAUCUAGGUGAUUGGUUAUACGUAGUUGCUAACAGCAGUGAGAGUUAUGAAUUGCGUUACUUCCACAUUAACCAGGAGAAAGAAAAGGAGGGAGAUGAGGAUUAA